GACUGGCCUCAGUGUGGUUGUGGCAGUUGGAGGUGGAGGGUGUUGUGCGGUGCUUUGGGGGCGUCCUCAUGUUUUUCGACCCAAUCGCUAAAUCAUUCACUUAUUACCGGUGAAUAUGGACAGUAAAGACUACGACCAUGUCAGAAACCUCACUCUCUUAUUCUUCCUGGACCGUCUCAUGGACAAGGGUCAGCCGCGGACCCUGCAUGACCUGAGCUGUCAGUUCGGCACGAAGGGCUUCACCAAGGAGAUGAGACAGAUCGCAGGCGGGUCACAAUCAGGCCUCAGAAAGUUCCUGCAGCAAUAUCCGUCCCUUUUUACCUUGGAGGACGACUACGUGAGCGUCACCAACUAUAGCAAUGGCAUUUCCAAUCCGCACGACCCCACGGGGAAGCUGUUGGGCAAGAGGGACUACCAGCAGGAGGCCGUGGACUACUUCGUCGGGAAACUUCGUCAGUACGGCGCUGGAACUGAGGUGCCCAUCAAGUCCUUACUGGGCCACCGCUCGCAGGCGUCCCCCGAGGUGCGCCACGUCUCCGGCCAGCACGUGAAGGAGUUUAGGGACUUCUUGGUGAGGUAUCCUGAGGUGUUUGUGGUGCGCGAGGAGACGGUCAUCCUGAAGGAGUUUGAAGGAGCGGCGCCUCAGCCCUUCAAGGAGCUGGAGGUGCCAAAGAUCGACCCGGUCCUCACACAGCAGGUGCUGCAGUACUGCUCGGCGGCGCUGAUCCGUGGGCCGCUGAUCAUGGAGACGCUGUUCAAUGGUCUGGCCACGGCGUUCCCCAAGGAGUCACUGUCGCAGAUCUGUCGGUGCGGCAAUGACCUGGCCACCUUCCUCAAGAUGCACUCCAACACCUUCUUCGUGCAGGCCAACAUGGUGCGCCUCGUCCACCCCACCGCCUCCCCUGCACCCCUAGCCGCCUCCACCACCGCCGCCAUCACCACUAACUCUACUACCAUGCACUCCCCGCCGCCUCUCUACCCCGCCCAUAACGCCCAGCCUCCGCAGCAGCAGCAGCAGCAAAGCGCCCCUGUACAGCUAUCCUCACCUUAUCAGCAGCAGCAGCAGCAGCACCUCGCCAUGAAGAACAACAGUAACUCGUCGCCAGACAGGGAGGACAUGGUCAGGUCCCCCUCCUCGCCCACCUCCCCGGUCAGGCAGCACCACCAGCCGCCUCCGCCGCAGCACCACCAGCAGCCGCAACAACAGCAGCAACAACAGCAACAACAACAGCAGCAGCAGCAGACGCUGAAGGCCCGUGUUAAUUCCCUGCUGCGUAAGACCUUAGCGGACAACAGCGAGCGUGACCGCGUGAGUUAUAGCGGCGGCGGUGACGGCGGUGAGAACGUGACGGGACGGCUGCUGCGGAACACGCGGGUGGUGGUGUCGGUGCGGGAGGCGCGCCAGCUGGUGAGCGCAAUCCUGGCCGCACGCCAGCCCGUCAGCUUCGACGGGGAGGGCGUCAACCUGGGCCCCUCGGGACCCAUGACGCUGCUGCAGGUGGGGCUGGUGUCCGGCCAGAUCUACAUCUUCGACGUGAUGGUGGAGCGCUCCCUCAUGUACGAGGGCGGCCUGCGCGAGCUGCUCGAGUCCACGGACAUUGUCAAGGUUGCUCACGACUGCCGGGGUGACGCUGGCGCCCUCUACCACCAGUUCGGAGUCACCCUUCGGCACGUCUUCGACACACAGGCGGCGCAUGCAGUGUUGCAGCAGCAGGAGACGGGCAAGCCAGUGUACAAAGUCAAGAAUGUGUCCCUGAACACACUCUGCCGUUCCUACAACGCCCCUGUCAAUCCCCGUAAGGACCAGAUGAAGAACGUGUACCGGCGGGACCAGCGGUUUUGGGCGCGCCGGCCACUCACCGAGGACAUGAUAGUGUACGCUGCCUACGACGUGGUGGCGCUGGUGCCUACCGUGUACGACGCCAUGAGGAAGCAGCUGGACCCGGUGCUGAUACCGCUGUUUGAGGAGCUGUGCCGGGAGCAGGUUGAGGCCUUAAUACAGCCUGAAGAGGUCAAGCAAAAGAAGAAACAACGCAAGAUUGAAACAGAAGUGGCAGAGUUGAAGACGAAGCUGGCGACCACUCAGGCCCGUGCCAUCGUUCUUUCCAACAGAGAGAUCAGACUACUCAGGUAUCUUGAGCUGAGCGAUGAGGAACGGGAGAAGCUGGAAGGCUCGUACAAAGUCGCCAAAAAGCUGGAACGCCUGCAGAGUAAAAAGGAAAGGGACGAAUCUCCAGACAAGAAUGGGGAGGACGAGGACGACAAUAGCGAUGACGACGACGAUGACGACCGCGAGGGAAUGGAGGAUGCCGAGUUCCCCAGCCUGAGCAGCGUGGGCUCUGGGGGGUCAGGGGGGUCCGGCGGCGGCCUGCUGUCCCCACGCUGUAAUGGCGAGGCAGAGGUGGACGGGUACGGCGGCUCCCCGUCCCUCACCACCAGCAUGAACAUGGUGGACCAGGUGCUGAGCAACGAGGCCAUGGACCGCCUCGAGAAGAUUGACCGCUUGGAGGCCAUCCUGGCGGCCGCCACUCAGGGCUCCGGGGCGUCCUCCCCUGCAGCGCCGGCCAGCAUCAGCCCACCGGCGCCCUGCUGCUGCCCGUGCCAUGUCUCUGCCCCCUCCCCCUCCCCCAACACUGUGCCGCACCACCAGCACGGAGGUGCCUCGCCCCAGUCCUCCGCCAGCAGGGCUGACACCAGCUGUCAGACUCUCAGCACCGGCGACAUUGUGAUCACCAAAGUGUUCUUCCCAGAUAGUCCUGAUAAUACAAAGGAAAAGAAGUGAUGUGUACAGUGUGUGUAUAUAAUUUUGUAUAUUUUUAAUUAUUGAUAAGAGUGGCACCAGCCACAGUGUGAUAGUUAGAUGGUGCCGUGUGCAGGCGCCUGUGAUAGUGGCCCUCGGGCUCACGCAGCUAGUUAGGGCACCUGGCCUGCCUCGGUUAUUUUUAGAACGAGACUGGCGUCUUACACUUGGUACCAGAAAUGUCGCGUCUUGUCUAUAAAACCUUUUAACUGGUAAGUGUCCUAACCACCAGGUACUCUGGUGCCAGACUAACUCAAGCUUUAAUGCCCAACACAAGUACAUUACCAAAGUCUUUUUAUCAUUUUCCAGGUACUUAUUUUGCCAGAUAGCCUUUUUAAUCUCUUGUUAUUAGACAAUAUACAGUAAAUUCAGCUUACUUCUGUGCUGAAGUAUUGCUAGAGUUGGGAUGCUUAUAGGGUUGGGAACAUAUCAAUAUAUGCCUUCCUAGGUAUAUUAGGUUUAUUUUGACUAACUCAAUGGUAUUUCUUCAGAAAUACACUCAUCAUUGAGACGAGCAGGUGAGGCCAGGUAAGACACUGACUUACCUGAAGAAUUAAGCCUUCACUGCUAUCAGUAAUAAAUCUUUGUUGAGUUACA